AUGGAUUUCAAGAAUGUAGAGGACGAAGAAAAAUGUGUUCUUGGGACAGCCCAGCAGAAAUUUGAAGUGGCCUUGGAAUUGAGAGAGAAGGAUGAGGGCUGUUUGGAUAAUAGUGGCACCAGCGUGUUUUUGAGAGCUGAUAAGAUUGAUUUCAAAACUUGGGACGUGCAGAUGGAGAAGCAUUUGGGUCGGGCUUGGUCGAAGGAUAACGAGGCCCGUAGCAAACCCGAGGAAUGGGAGAUUGAAUUGGCUAAGCUUGAAAUCAAGAAUGUUAUAGCUUAUGGGACAUAUGGGACUGUUUACAGAGGUGUUUAUGAUGGCCUAGAUGUUGCUGCCACAGCUUCUGAGACUGCUGCCCUUCGAGCAUCUUUCAAGCAAGAAGUAGUUGUAUGGCAUAAGCUCGACCAUCCAAACGUGACAAAGGUUCUUGAUGGUAAACCGUACAACAGGAAAUGCGAUGUGUACAGUUUCGGCAUAUGCUUGUGGGAAAUUUACUGUUGCGAUAUGCCUUAUCCCGACUUGAGCUUUGCCGAGGUUUCGUCUGCUGUGGUUCGACAGUGUUGGGGCCCGAAACCCGAGACCCGACCCGAAAUGGACGAGGUAGUCAAGUUGUUGGAAGCAGUGAAUACGAACAAUGGUGGUGGGAUGAUACCGGGCCAUCGGGAUUGGGAAGAAGAAGAGGAGGAGAACAGAGAUUUUGCAUUGCUAUUGAGGAAAAUGGGGCACGUCGCGACGGCCAUGUCCGAUUUCCUCCGCCAAUGCGGCGGUGGCGUCGCCGUGAUCGACGGCGGACUCGCCACGGAGCUCGAACGCCACGGCGCUGAUCUCCACGACCCUCUUUGGAGCGCCAAAUGCCUCCUCACCUCGCCCCACCUUAUCCGUGCCGUACACCUCGAUUACCUUGAGGCAGGUGCAGACAUAAUAAUCACAGCUUCUUAUCAGGCCACAAUACAAGGUUUCAAGAACAAAGGAUAUUCAUUAGAGGAGAGUGAGAAUUUGUUGAGAAAGAGUGUUGAAAUUGCACUCGAGGCACGAGAAGUAUACUACAGCAGGUGCCGUGAGGCUCUCACCGAUCAAGCUCCCGAUAAUGAUAAGAUUCUCAAUCAACGGCCGAUAUUGGUUGCUGCAUCUGUAGGGAGUUACGGGGCUUAUCUAGCUGAUGGUUCAGAAUAUAGAAGGAGAGUUAAGGUUCUUGCUGAUGCUGGACCUGAUCUUAUCGCAUUCGAAACUGUGCCGAACAAGCUCGAAGCUCAGGCUUUUGCUGAGCUUCUCGAGGAAAACGAGAUUAAGAUACCCUCAUGGCUGUCGUUCAACUCGAAAGAUGGAGUUAAUGUAGUUAGCGGAGAUUCUUUGCUUGAAUGUGCUGCCAUUGCUGAGUCAUCCAGCAAAAUUGUUGCUGUGGGGAUUAAUUGUACGCCACCAAGAUUUAUCAUGGAUCUUAUUCUAUCGAUCAAGAAGCAAAACACAGGGGUUUCGGACAAAGAUUUUGUUUCGUACGUAAAUAGAUGGUGUGAAGCAGGGGCAUCUCUUGUCGGAGGUUGCUGCCGAACGACCCCUCACACUAUCCGCUCGAUUUACCAAACUCUCCUCAGUAGACGUUGAGUCUCGUUUAUGCGGCCAUUUCGAAUGAAGAAUUCGAGAUUGGGUUUUAUUAGAUAAGAAAAUUUUCCUUUGGAUGAACUUUGUUGAGAACUCACUUUGUGUAUCAUAUUUGUGACCAGAAAUUUACUUGUUGAGGUUUGUCGAGAUUGUGCCAAUGUUAUAUUUUUGUUGUGUUUUUGUGUUUACCUUUCGAAUCCGAAGGUUUAAUAAACACUCUCCAUUAGCUAUGGCAGCCUUAGUUCUCAGUCGUUCAUCGUAAGAUUCUUCUUUUUGUUCUCCCUUCAUUCUUCUUUGCAGAAUCCACUUUGACAAACCCAACCAAAAAAAAAAGAAAGAAACCAGGAAAAGAAGAUAGUUUUUACUUUCUUUUGUUCUUCAAUUUACCAAAUUUGCUCAUU